GUGGCAAUCACACGUUGAUUUUUCUCUACCAAUCAUAAAGACAUCGGCACCCUUUAUCUAGUAUUUGGUGCUUGAGCCGGAAUAGUGGGCACCGCUCUUAGCUUGCUCAUCCGAGCAGAACUUAGUCAGCCCGGCUCACUCCUGGGGGAUGACCAAAUCUAUAACGUAAUCGUCACCGCCCACGCUUUCGUGAUAAUUUUCUUUAUAGUAAUGCCAAUCAUGAUCGGAGGCUUCGGAAACUGACUAGUCCCCUUAAUAAUUGGAGCACCAGACAUGGCAUUUCCCCGAAUGAACAAUAUAAGCUUCUGACUUCUCCCCCCUUCUUUCCUCCUUCUCCUGGCUUCUUCUGGGGUAGAGGCUGGAGCUGGGACCGGUUGGACUGUAUACCCUCCCCUUGCUAGCAACCUCGCUCACGCUGGAGCAUCCGUCGAUCUGACCAUCUUUUCUCUCCACUUAGCGGGUGUCUCCUCAAUUCUUGGAGCCAUUAACUUUAUCACGACCAUUAUUAACAUAAAACCCGCUACCGUCUCCAUAUAUCAAAUCCCCCUAUUCGUCUGAGCAGUCUUGAUUACAGCCGUUCUUCUUCUACUCUCCCUCCCAGUCCUAGCCGCCGGUAUCACCAUGCUUCUUACAGAUCGUAACCUAAACACAGCAUUCUUCGAUCCUGCCGGAGGGGGAGACCCGAUUCUCUAUCAACAUCUGUUCUGGUUCUUCGGCCACCCGGAGGUGUACAUUCUUAUCCUCCCCGGCUUUGGAAUAAUUUCACAUGUCGUAGCCUACUACUGUGGGAAAAAAGAACCCUUCGGAUACAUGGGCAUAGUCUGAGCUAUAAUAGCUAUUGGCCUCUUAGGAUUUAUCGUAUGGGCCCACCAUAUGUUCACCGUAGGGAUGGACGUUGACACACGCGCCUACUUUACAUCCGCAACUAUGAUUAUUGCCAUCCCAACUGGCGUAAAAGUCUUCAGCUGACUUGCAACAAUCCACGGCGGAAACAUUAAAUGAGACACCCCAAUGCUCUGAGCUCUCGGAUUCAUCUUCCUAUUCACAGUCGGAGGCCUGACUGGUAUUAUCCUGGCCAACUCUUCCCUAGACAUCGUUCUCCACGACACAUACUACGUAGUUGCCCACUUCCACUACGUCCUGUCUAUGGGGGCCGUAUUCGCAAUUGUUGCCGGCUUUGUCCACUGAUUCCCUCUAUUUACAGGUUACACCCUGCACAGCACAUGAACAAAAAUCCACUUCGGAAUCAUAUUCGCAGGGGUAAACUUAACUUUCUUCCCUCAGCACUUCCUAGGACUAGCCGGAAUGCCUCGACGAUACUCAGACUACCCGGAUGCCUACGCCCUAUGAAACACUAUGUCCUCCAUUGGGUCUCUAGUAUCCCUUGUAGCCGUUAUUUUAUUCUUGUUCAUUAUCUGAGAAGCAUUCACUGCCAAACGUGGAGUCUUAGCAGUAGAAUUCACCGCCACAAACAUAGAAUGACUUCACGGCUGUCCUCCCCCCUAUCACACAUUCGAACAACCUGCCUUUGUCCAAGCUCGAAAUAACUAA